AGUAGCACCUCCACCAUGGUCGCCAGAGUCGCUCUCCUCCUCGCCUUCGUGGCCGUCGCCAGCGGAAACCCAGCAGCGGGGAAGCCAUGGCAGUGGAAGUCCCCCAAGCCACUGGUGGGACCCCGCGGAUACUACAAUGUCACGCCCUAUGCUGCCCCCUGCACUGAGGCCGUCCCUCACUCGUGGCCCCACCAGGCGGCUCUCUUCGUCGACGACAUGUACUUCUGCGGCGGUUCCCUCAUCUCCAGCGAGUGGGUCCUCACGGCCGCUCACUGCAUGGACGGUGCCGGCUUCGUCGAAGUGGUACUGGGCGCCCACAACAUCCGCCAGAACGAAGCCAGCCAGGUCUCCAUUACCUCCACCGACUUCUUCACUCACGAGAACUGGAACUCUUGGCUCCUCACCAACGACAUUGCCCUCAUCAAACUACCCAGCCCUGUUGAAUUCAAUGAAAACAUUCAAGCUGUCAGACUGCCUUCGAUUGACGUAUCUGCAGGCGCUGUAGUUACACCCACAGGCUGGGGGAUCCUGUGUGGCGACUCGAGUGGUGUCCCUCCCGGCGCCCUCCAUCAGGCAGACGUCCCGGUUCUGUCCAAAGACGAGUGCGAGGCCGCUUAUGCAGGGGUCGGCGACGGCGUUCUCUGCACCGUCGGCGGGAAGGACUCUUGCACCGGUGACUCCGGCGGCCCCCUCAACCUCAACGGCAUGACCUACGGCAUCACCUCCUUCGGUUCCUCCGCCGGCUGCGAGAAGGGCUACCCCGCCGCCUUCACCCGCGUCUACUACUACCUGGACUGGAUCCAGCAGAAGACCGGCGUCACUCCUUAA